CGCUAGCAGAAAGGUGAAAAGAUGGGUGUUAAAACCUUCACUCAUAACUCCCCUGCCCACAGUCAGGAGAUGCUGGGGAAGCUGAACAUGCUCCGCAACGACGGCCAUUUCUGUGACAUCACCAUCCGCGUCCAGGACAAGAUCUUCCGGGCACACAAGGUGGUUUUGGCAGCUUGCAGUGACUUCUUCCGUUCCAAACUCGUUGGCCAAGCAGAAGAUGAGAGCAAGAGCGUGUUAGACCUCCACCACGUGACGGUGACAGGGUUCAUCCCUCUUCUGGAGUACGCUUACACGGCCACGCUGUCCAUCAACACCGAGAACAUCAUCGACGUCUUGGCUGCGGCCAGCUACAUGCAGAUGUUCAGCGUGGCCAGCACCUGCUCGGAGUUCAUGAAGUCCAGCAUUUUGUGGAAUACCCCCAACAGCCAGCAGGAGAAGGUGCUGGAGGCUGGGCAGGAGAACAGCGCCAACUGCAACUUCACCUCUCGAGACGGCAGCCUUUCUCCAGUCUCCUCCGAGUGCAGCGUGGUGGAAAGAGCCAUCCCCGUGUGCCGCGAGUCACGAAGGAAGCGCAAGAGCUACAUCGUCAUGUCCCCCGAGAGCCCCCUCAAGUGCAACACCCAAACCAGUUCCCCCCAAGUGCUGAAUCCUUCAGCUUCUUACCCAGAGUCCAGAAAUCAGCCCGUGGACUCAUCCUUAGCUUUUCCCUGGACUUUUCCUUUUGGAAUUGAUCGAAGACUUCAGUCAGAGAAGGUGAAGCAGGCAGAGAACUCUAGGACUUUGGAAAUGCCUGGGCCCUCCGAGUCCAACAGAAGAAUUGCAGACUACGUGACUUGUGAGAGCACAAAAGACAACUCUCCCCUGGUCAUCGAAGAGGAUGUGCGAGUGAAAGUGGAGAGGCUGAGCGACGAGGAGGUGCACGAGGAGGUGUCCCAGCCUGUUAGCGCCUCCCAGAGCUCGCUGAGCGACCAACAGACGGUCCCAGGAAGUGAGCAAGUGCAGGAAGAUCUCCUGAUCAGCCCACAGUCUUCCUCUAUAGGCUCUAUAGAUGAGGGAGUUACAGAGGGAUUGCCCACACUCCAAAGUACCUCUGGCACUAACGCUCAUGCAGAUGAUGAUGAUCGUUUGGAGAACGUUCAGUAUCCCUACCAACUCUACAUUGCUCCUUCUACCAGCAGCACAGAGAGACCCAGCCCAAACGGUCCAGACAGACCUUUUCAGUGUCCAACCUGCGGGGUGCGCUUCACUCGCAUUCAGAACCUAAAACAACACAUGCUUAUCCACUCAGGCAUUAAACCAUUUCAGUGUGACCGCUGCGGGAAAAAGUUCACCCGAGCUUACUCUCUCAAGAUGCACCGCCUGAAGCACGAAGGUAAACGCUGUUUCCGAUGCCAGAUAUGUAGUGCCACUUUCACUUCCUUCGGGGAAUAUAAACACCACAUGCGGGUUUCCCGGCACAUUAUCCGCAAGCCUCGGAUUUACGAGUGCAAAACAUGCGGCGCCAUGUUCACCAACUCUGGGAAUUUAAUCGUGCACCUGAGGAGCUUGAACCAUGAAGCGUCAGAGCUAGCAAACUACUUCCAGAGCAGUGACUUCCUAGUACCGGACUACUUAAACCAGGAACAAGAAGAGACCCUCGGGCAGUAUGAGCUAGGGGAGCAUGGCUUUGAGAGCAACUCUUCUGUCCAAAUGCCUGUCAUUUCACAGGUGUCGUCAACUCAGAAUUGUGAAAGCACUUUCCCCUUGGGGUCUCUGGGUGGGUUGGCAGAGAAGGAAGAAGAUGUGCCAGAGCAGCCAAAGACUAACACCGCUGCUGAGGCAGCCUCAGGUGACCCUCCAAAAACGGAGCUGUCAUCUAUUACUAUCGAAUAAUCCAUGGGUUUGGUUGCUUUUUUUUGUUUUUUUUUUUCCUGUUCUUUGGAAAGUGCCUGUGUUUGGUCCUGUACAUUUUAAUUUAAUUGUUUUGGUUUGUUGUUUUGUUUUGUUUUGUUUUGUUUUUUUAACAAAAAAAGAAAAAGGAAAAAAAAAACGAAAGUGGGGAGGAUUUUCCCUUUUUUACUUCGUAAGCUACGCUUUAAAAGAGGAAACUGCAACAGAUGUUACAUUAUUUUUUCGUGACUGAAUGAUCACUUCUGUGAAAAUAUUUAAGACUGAAUGCACAAAAAAGAUCUUGUCAGAACAUCGUGGAAGCUGUGAUGCACUUCUCAAGAACAACUGGUGUAACUCUUUCUUCUUCCACAGUUAAAGCAGCUCAAGGUUUUUUUUCUUGCUUCUGCAGACCCUCUGGUUAAGGGAAAGAAAUCAGAGGGAACCUCUUGAAAAAUGACAAACAAAAGGAGGCAUUGGGAAUCAUUAUUGAACAGUUUUGAAUGGUUUUGAGUGGUUGCUUUAAUCUUAUGCAUAAAAAAUACCCAAAAAAAACCCCAGAAAAAGACACUUCCUAUCUGUGUGCCUGUUGGUUUUCAAAGUGCUUACUGUCACCCUUUGUUUGGAAAUGGGAAGCAUUUGUGAAAUGAACAGCCACACUGUUUGAAAAACACAUUGUCCCUUUUCAUCUCAGAUGAAUCCAUUUGGACAACCCAAGUGAGGGCAUGCCAGGUAUUCCUCAUUCUUAUAUUCCAGUCCUUUUAAGAAACUGUUUCAGCAAAUAACUUUGUCCAGGUUUGUCCAUCUGAGGUUCCAAAUUUGCCCUUCUAAGCUUCCAGAUUUGAUCAUCUGUGGUUCCAGAGUUACUCUUUUUGAGGUUCCAGGUUUGCCUUUCUAAGCUUCCAGAUUUGACCAUCUCUGGUUGCAGAUUUGCCCUUCUGAGGCCCUGGAUUUGCCCUUCUAAGAUUCGACAUUUGACCAUCUAAGGUUCCAGAUUUACCUUUCUGAGGUUCCAGGUUUGGCCUUCUCAGGUUUCAGAUUUGCCCUUCUAAGGUUCCAGGGUUUACCAUUUAAGGUUACAGAUUUGC